AUGGAACAUCCAUCUCACACUAUUUGCAACAAUAGCAUAUGGGUAUUACUGAAAGGAAAAACAGGCCAUUUGCCACGCCUCAUUAGAAAACUAAACCACGUGUCAGCUGGCUCAUCGCCUUGGAAGAUUGCACUUGGGUCAUGGAUGGCGCAUUACCUUUUACAAAACCUAUUUUUGUUGGUCGGCUUAAAUGCUCCUGAACCACAAGCACGAUUGUACAAACGAAAUUUUUACCGAGCAACCUGGAUUUUGACAGCUUUGGAUGCCGGCUUUUUUACAGCCAUGCCACUGAGACCCGCUUGGUUGCGUCAUACAUGCUCGAUUCUCUUUACCAUGUAUUAUCUUGUAUUUGCUGAUGCUGCCGAGGAACGCGUACGACGUGUGAGAGCAACCAUGUCUAUUGAUCAAAUCCGCCUUUCAUGGGAAAAAGCAGCCAACAAUCCAAUCCUUGCGUGGUCAUCUAAGUUGUUACGUCCUAAAAUUACAAUGCACAAGGUGAUGCAUGUAGACCGCCCAUCACCUUAUUUACCACCCACCGAGUUUCAUUUCUUUUAUUCGGGUUCACCCGAAUCGCUUGCACAACAAACAACUGUACUAUUGCAAUAUCCAGGUGGAGGAUUUGUAUCAAUGCCACCUCCCUGUCACGAAGAUGCAUUAUAUGCAUGGGCCAAACAAACAGGCUUACCAGUGGUUAGCGUGAACUACAAAAAGGCACCCGAGUAUCCGUAUCCAUGGGCGGUCCAUGAAUGCUUUGAUUUUUACGUCUCCUUGAUCCAACAGCGUGGUCGCUUCCUUGGGCUUUCAGGUGACAAGGAUAUCAAGGUUGUUCUUGUGGGUGACUCUGCGGGUGGUAACCUAGCAGCUGCAGUAAGCUUAAAAUUGCUUGAUCAUAACAAGCUGCUCAAAGAGGAAGCUGACGAUGAAGAAGAGGAUGUCACUAGCAAGCUGCUACCUAUGCCAGAAGGCUUGGUGCUUAUAUAUCCUGCACUCGAUUUCGAAAUGACAUGUUGGAUGACUACCGGUCAGCUGUCACUCAUUCGAUCAGAAUCCACCACCAAAAUGAUUCGAUCCAAAUCGCUUAUGAGCCUUCUUGAAUCGAAGGAUCAUUUAAGCCAUGCUAGCCCACUCAGUGUCGUACCCGAUGUGGACAAGAAGCCGUCGCCAUGGAAACGUGCACUUGGCAUGACCCCUGUUGAUGGUGCCAAUACCGGCAAAGAGAAUGCAUCAGAAAAGAAACAUGUUCGUGAUCGUAUACAAGAGCUGAGUGAAGUCAAGACCGAUUGGGAAUCAUCACGUUUGGCCAUGACAAGUCGUAUGAGCUUCUUUAAUGACCGUAUUCUUACGGCAGAGAUGAUGCGCGCAAUGGCUAUUUUGUACUUGGGUCCUCAUGCACACCCUGAUUUUGAAUCCGAUUACCUUCUUUCCCCUGUGGUCGCACCCUUUGAAUUACUUGCCGAGUUUCCAAAAACAUACAUGAUGUGUGGUGAAAAGGAUCCAUUUGUCGAUGACACAGUGAUCUUUGGUGGUCGUAUUCGUCAAGCUAAACAACAACGACGUCGUGAAGAGCAACGUGAUGAUGAUGACCCGAUCCUUGGAGACCAUACCGUUAAAGUCAAGUUCCUUGAAGGAAUGAGUCACGCAUUCUUGCAAAUGAUGGCCUUUUUACCAGAGGCCAAACACGCUACACAAACGAUUGGGGAUUGGGUUUUGGAGAUUGCAGAAGGUCGACCCUCUGCUGACACCUUUUCUGAUACCGAUUCAGCACGCUCUGGUUCACCAGUGCAUGAACAACAACAGCAUCAAUGGUUAGCAGUACCCAAUAUUAAUGGAUAUCCAAAAUCCCUGGAUCAGCAACAACCUGGUAUUGCCAAGGCAGUGGUUGCUGCGACAUCACACCUUGAUCAUAUCGUGACAAGCGAAAAGGAUCUCUUGAGCAGACGAAAGACUGCACUUGUUAGCGAGCUCUUUGUGCAAAAAGUGCAACAAUAA